AAUUUUGACAUGUCAGAAUCAGAAUUUUAGAAUUAUUGUAUCCUGUUUAUUAAAAAUAUAAAGUAUUUAAGAAAUAUAACUGAAAAAAGCAAUAAGUUCUGUUUAAAAGAAUACAGACAACGUGUUUCUUAAAUAAUACAAGUAACCUCAAAAUCCAAUAUUUUUAUUACCUAAACACAUUUUUCUAUAAUAAGACUAAGUUACAAUGCCGAAUAAGAAGCAGCAUCAUACAAGAAGAGGCUUCAGAGGAGGGAAAAAUGUUACCAAUAAAUAUAACACACCCAAACUGACAAAACAAGAAUAUUGUAACACAGAGCAGCUUGUCGAAGAGGAAGUUGGUAUAACGCAGUAUCUCAGCGAAUUAGAAGGCUACCAGGGCGUGAUUAAGCAGAGAUUUUCCGAUUUCCAAGUAAACGAAAUCGAUUUAAACGGUAGAAUUGCCAAACUGACCAAUACAAAAAUGCCGGAAGGUUUUUCCACCAAACUACAGAAGUUUUCGUAUAAAGAAACUGAGAAGAGUCCUUGUGAUAAAAUACCUCAAGAGACUUGGGAGGCUGUGAGAAACCUGAUGAAUACUUCUGAAGGGGAAUCAGUUAUUCUAGAUGCACAGCUUUUAAGUAAAGAUGAUAGACGUGAGAUUCAUGAAAGUAUGAAGAGUUAUUUCGGACAAAAAGUGAUUCCUACGACUAUGGAGAAGGAUGGUAAAACAGUUAUGGAGUUUAAACGGUGUACUAAGGAAUUGGUAGAUAACAGGUUUACAUGGCCUAAAGAUACACCUGAAUACGUACAUUUUAUUGUUUAUAAAGAACUAAUGGACACAAUGGAGGCUUGCCAUAGAUUAAGCCAAGCUAUCCGGGUGCCUGUACAAAAAAUAACCUACGCAGGGCUGAAAGAUCGCAGAGCGAAAACUUCCCAGUGGUUCAGCAUUAAAAAACUUAUACCCUUCAAACUGUUUAAAAAAAGAGUAAGAAAUAUAAGGAUUGGAAACAUUGAAUUCAAAGAUAAACCUCUAGCUUUGGGUGAUUUGAAAGGGAAUAGAUUCAGGAUAGCUUUGAGAAAUGUCCAGGCCGAUGAUGAGUUAAUUUUGAAGAGCAUGGAGCAUGUUAAAGAGAGUGGAUUUAUAAAUUAUUACGGUAUGCAGAGGUUUGGAAAUAAUAAAGAGGUUCCCACUCAUUUGAUUGGAGUGAAAUUGUUGUUAGGUGAAUGGAAAGAGGCAGUUGAUUUAAUACUUAAGCUUAAAACAACAGAUAACCUCGAGUUAGAUAUAAACAAAAUUAAGAAAAAAUAUGCCGAGACCGGUAGUGCAAAAGAAGCACUACAGUUGGCUGACAGAAACAGUGACAGUUGUAUAGAACUGUCAUUACUAAGAGGACUUGCCAAAAGUAACACAAAUGAUUACGUGAACGCAUUAGAAAAUAUUCCUAGACCUACAAGACUCAUGUAUAUUCACGCUUUUCAAAGUUUGAUAUUUAAUAAAAUGGCAUCGUGUAGGAUAAAAGAAUUCGGCGUGAAACCGGUUGUUGGUGACUUGGUUUAUGUUGAUAAAUCAGUAGAGACAGAGGUAGAGUCGGAUAUAAAUGACAUGGAGACAGAUGAUACGGAGUGUAGUGAUGCAGAAGAAAAAUCUCCUAAGCCUGCUGUUAAAGCAUUGGCAGCUGAUGAUCUUGAAAAUUACAGUGUUUAUGAUAUUUUACUGCCAUUACCGGGAUAUGAUAUAGUUUAUCCUGAUCAUAUGAAACAGUUUUAUCAAGAAGCUAUAGAAGAAUGGGGAUUGAAAUUAGAAAUGCCUAAACAAUCUGUAAAGACAUAUAAUUUAGGAGGAACGUAUAGAAAAGUUUUAGGAAAAUGUGAGGAUUUAGAAUGGAAAAUAAUGUAUUUUAAUAAUCCUACAGAUGAUCUGAUUAGGUCAGAUCUUGGAGAGCUUACUGGAGAAGAGGAACCUAAAAGUAUCGAAAAUGGUACAUACAAGGCUGUGAUAGUCUCCUUUAAUUUAAACCCUUGCUCAUACGCGACGAUGGUAUUAAGGGAAAUGAUGAAACAAAACACAUCGAGCAAUCAUCAGUCUCUGUUAAAUAAUUACGCGGAUACAGAGGACAAAAAAACAACGCUUAAUCAAUCUUUUGAUAAAAAUAAACCUACUAAAGUUAUAGAGGAGAUUACAAAUGGUGUGUUAGAUUCAAGUAAGGAACAAAUAGAAGAAAUUAUUACAUUGCCAGGGAGUUUGUUGGCAAACAAAGAAAAGUACGAAGACUUUAAGAAUAAUCUUUUUAAAGACUUGCUAGGUGAUAAUACUGAGGAGGAGGGGUCGUCGAAACGUUGUUUAGAGAGUGAAGAAAUUGAUAGGAAGAAGCUUAAAACUGAGUAAAAUGUUGCAAUGUUAAAAUGUAUGUUAAAAAUAAAUAUGUUUUUUAUAUAAUACAACCUUA